AAAAUUUCCCUUUGAUCGAUUAGUCAAUGAUUUCCCCUGCCAAAUUUUUUUUGGAGGAUUUUGGACGUCAAUUUCUCGGUGUGAGAAUCGCUGUGGUGAUAAAAUGUUCCGAUCGGUGGCUACUCAGUUUGUGAAGGUGGCUCGUGGCUCCGUGGGGCUCACAGCGCCCCGCUUGGGUGCCGUUCAGGCUGUUCGUCAGAGCCAUGGGGGACCCGUGGAGACUGACGAGGAAUUUGAUGCACGCUAUGAAGCCUACUUCAACAGACCCGACAUCGAUGGAUGGCAAGUCCGGAAGGGGAUGAAUGAUAUCCUGGGAAUGGAUCUCGUGCCAGAGCCCAAGAUCAUUAUUGCUGCCCUGAAAGCCUGCAGGCGCGUGAAUGACUUCGCACUGGCUAUUAGGUGGCUGGAGGGUGUUGUGGACAAGUGCGGUCCCAAGAAAUCUGAAAUUUAUCCCUAUCUCCUGUCCGAGAUCCGACCAACCCUCGACCAGCUGGGCAUCAAUACACCCGAGGAGCUGGGCUACGAUACCCCCGAAUUGGCCCUCAAGACCGUCUGGGAGGAAUAAAAAGAUAGAUUUGUUAUGUAAUCAGAGAGAGUGAGGUUAUGUGUAGCCCGUUCCAAGCCAUCGAGGUUUUGGAAUUAAUGUAUUUAACUGGGAUUGUACCAAAAAAAUAAAUGGUCAAAAUUUA